AGAGUGUAGAAAAUAAGAGGUUUUAGGUGCUGCCAUUGCCAAAACCCCUGUGCAGCCACAGCCAUGGGCUACUUCGACCUGAACAUACCCUACCCUGAACCUUCACCCGCUAACAAGGCCACAUCACAAAGCAAUCGCACGAAACUAGUGGUGAAGGCCAUGGAGUUAGGUUACACCGGAAUCGCUUAUAACCGCACUAUUAAGGGCGUUAUGUCUGAUCAACACCGUUGUUCCAUCUCUCCCCUUUCUCUUUCCACUCUCCUUAAUGUCGUUCCGUUUCUCUCUCUAUCCGCAAAGCUCCACCGUCAGCUUCUCGGAAUUCCGUUAUCAACUCCGUUCCGUCAAUACACGCGCCUCACCGUUUGCGUCGAUAGCCCCUCCCAGGCUCAGGCGCUCAAUUCUGGUAACCCUAUUUUGAAGACCUACGAUUUGGUCGCCGUUAAGCCGUCGAAUCAGACCGCGUUUGAUCUCGCCUGUGAGAGAAUGGAGGUAGAUAUUAUCUCAGUUGAUUUCUCAGCUAAGUUACCUUUUAGAUUGAAGCAGCCUAUGGUUAAAGCAGCUACUCAGCGUGGGGUUUGUUUUGAAGUCACGUACUCAGGUCUUUUUGCUGAUAUUCAAAUUAGGAGACAGUUAAUUUCCAGUGCCAAGUUGUUGAUGGAUUGGACUCGGGGACAAAACAUAGUAUUUUCAAGUGGUGCUCCUUCAGUGAAUGAGCUUAGAGGACCUUGUGAUGUUGCAAACUUGUUGUCAUUGUUUGGACUCUCCAAGGAGCGUGCUAAUGCAGCAAUUUCUAAAAAUUGUAGGAUUCUUUUAACCAAUUCUUUAAAGAAAAAGCGAUUUUACAAAGAGGCAAUAAGAGUAGAAGUUCUAUCAUCAGAUGUAGCAUCUCAUUCUAAGGAAGAUCAGUAUCAAGAGUUAAUGAAGUGGGAUCCUAUCUCCAGUGAAGGUGAUAUUCUGUUGGAUCACUUGGAAAAAUCUCUUUCAGCCUCCUGUAAAGCAUCAAAAACUACAAAAGCCAUUGACUUUGUUUCAGUGGUUGAUAGCCUUCCAUCUAAAGGUUUUGAAAUCAAUGAUCUGUUACCUGCAAAUAGUGCUCUAUCUGUUUGCCCAGAUAAUACGGUAAAGUUCCCACUUGUUGCUGAAAACCUAAAUCAGUCAACAUCUAUAUCUAACAACUUAACCGAGCAACCCCACAAACUUGAUGUUUGUUUCAAGCAAGACGAAAACUCCUUAUCAGAUGCUAUAAAUACAUGUCAUGUUUUGAAUCAUGACAAUAUAUUUGAGAAAAAUAUAUAUAGUGGAAUUACUGAAGCUUUCAAUAUUAAGGAGAUAGACAGUCCAACAAAUGCCACCAGGUUAGAGCUGAAAAAAUUUAUUGAUUCAGAUGUCCCGACAGAUAACAUGGAUAAAUCUUUUUUAGCCUCCUGCCAAGCAUCAAAAACUGCAAAUGCCACAGACUCUGUUUCAAUGGCCGAGAGCCCUCCAGCUCAUGGUUCUCAAAUCAAGGAUUUCUUACCUGCAAAUAAUGCUUUCCCUGUUUUCCAAGAUAAUAAGCCCAACCAACUUGGUGUUAGUCCUGAGCAAGAUGAAAGCUCUCAACCACUGAAACAAAGCGACAAGUUUUUGGAGAAAAAUAUACGCGGUGCAACAACAGAGGCUUUCAAUUCUAUGGAGAUAGACACUUCAACAAAUGGCACAAAGUUAGGACUCAAGUAUUCUGUUGAUACCGAUGUUGGGUGUAUCCUGGUUGAAGCAAAAGCGGUUGAUUCACAAUCAGACACGAACAUGCCAAGCAAAAUGUUGGAGAAUGUAAAACCACACAAGAACAAGAAACUGCAUGGAUCUUCAGAAGAUGCAGAAAUAGAUGAUGCACACAAUAUUGAUCAUAAUAACAAGAAAGGUUCUGAUCUCAAUUUAAUUGAAGAAAUUGACACGAUGUGCGAAACUUUGCCAAAUAAAGAUUUAUUAAAAAUUGCAAAGCAAACGGUGUUGGAGUUUAACUCAUCUGCUUCUGAAACUUCAAUGGAGGAUGAACAAUUAAACAUUGAGGAUACGAAUGCAGUUCAACAUAAUGAGAUGCAACAGCCAACUUCUUAUGAUGAGAUGAAAGUGGAAGAUAAUUCCACAGUUGUAGAACAUUCAUCGCCAGAAAUUAUAAUGAAAGAUAAAAAUCUUGGUGAAGUGAGCUCUGAUUCUGAACAACUUGCCAUGGUUUAUUCUGUAUCAGGUCGAUUGAGGGAGAAGCGAAGGACAUCUCGUGGACCAAUUUUAUUCCCCUUCAAGCGUUUGUUGAAUCCGAUGCUAUUUAAGAAGAAAGGCAAAAAAAGUAAAAGCAGAACUAAGCUAAAAUAAUCUUUUUCUUUUGUUUCUGGAUUAUUAUUGUUACAUGGCUUAGGUAUGAACUAAUUCUUUAUAAUGUAUAUUAACGCUACCACAUGGACUGGCAUUAUACUUGCUUGCCAACUCAUUUUAAUUUUUUUUAAAGUGAAUUUUAACUAUAGGCAAGAUGUUGAAAUAUAUUUGAUAACAACCGUGAUUAG